CGCGUGGCCAGAGCCGAGCCCGACCGCCGUGUGCUGGCGGAGGCCACCAGCCCCGAGCAUCGCGGGCGUGGGCCGCCGGCGUGGCCCUGACGGAGGAACUUUUUACCGCCUUUGGGUGACGGAUCGGAGAUUCGGGUCUGGCUCGGAAAGAUACCGAUGCAUAUGUGCGCUGUCAUAAAGCAUGUACUCCUCUCCUCGAAGCAGCCGCUGUUUGUGACCUCUCCUCUAAGUGAGAGAUACUUGCCUGGCUUCUUUGGGUUCUAAACUUUUGAUGCCAAACCUCUGCCGAGCAUGCCCAACUGAAUCGGAAAGUAGCACCUUGAAGAGAUAGGCAGCAAAGAGCACCCUGUGACCUUCAUCUCGGCACCUUCCUCCUGGCUCUCCCUUCUCCUGGCCUCCGGCCUCCCCAGGGGAGCUUCCAGAAAGCUCGUUUUGGAUGCAGGAGGGGCAUCUUGUUCUGCUAGGCUGGAAAGCGGAGACAGGAUUUGAGGAAGAAAUAUUAGACUCCGGAGAGCCUGGACUCUUUCUUUUUUCUGCCCCUUCUGCGCCUCUGGCUUGCUCCAACCCUUUCCUUUCUCCCCACACCACUUCCUGCGGCCAGCUGGUGUGGGGGGACAAGGACUGUGCCGCAGCUGACUUCUGGGAAGUUGUGUCUGUCGAGGAUGGGGGUCUGUGGGUACCUGUUCCUGCCCUGGAAGUGCCUCGUGGUCGUGUCUCUCAGGCUGCUGUUCCUUGUACCCACAGGAGUGCCCGUGCGCAGCGGCGAUGCCACCUUCCCCAAAGCUAUGGACAACGUGACGGUCCGGCAAGGGGAGAGCGCCACCCUCAGGUGCACCAUCGAUGACCGUGUCACCCGAGUGGCCUGGCUCAACCGCAGUACAAUCCUCUAUGCUGGGAAUGACAAGUGGUCAAUAGACCCCCGUGUGAUCAUCUUGGUCAACACACCAACCCAGUACAGUAUCAUGAUCCAAAAUGUGGACGUAUAUGACGAAGGCCCAUAUACCUGCUCUGUGCAGACAGAUAAUCAUCCCAAAACAUCCCGGGUUCACCUCAUUGUGCAAGUUCCUCCACAGAUCAUGAAUAUUUCCUCAGACAUCACCGUGAAUGAGGGAGGCAGUGUGACCCUACUGUGUCUUGCAAUUGGCAGACCUGAGCCAACGGUGACGUGGAGACACCUGUCAGUCAAAGGAGGCCAAGGCUUUGUGAGUGAGGAUGAGUACCUGGAGAUCUCUGACAUCAAACGCGACCAGUCCGGGGACUACGAAUGCAGCGCCUUGAAUGAUGUGGCUGCACCUGAUGUGCGGAAAGUAAAAAUCACUGUAAACUAUCCCCCCUAUAUCUCAAAAGCCAAGAACACUGGGGUCUCCGUUGGUCAGAAAGGCAUCUUGAGCUGUGAAGCCUCGGCAGUGCCCAUGGCUGAAUUUCAGUGGUUCAAGGAAGACACCAGGUUAGCCACUGGUCCCGAUGGCGUGAGAAUUGAGAACAAAGGUCGCCUAUCCACUCUGACUUUCUUCAAUGUGUCAGAAAAGGAUUAUGGAAACUACACAUGCGUAGCCGCAAACAAGCUUGGGAACACCAAUGCCAGCAUCUCAUUGUAUGAAAUAAGCCCCUCAUCAGCAGUGGCAGGGCCCGGAGCAGUCCUUGAUGGUGUAAACUCUGCCUCUAGAGCGCUGGCUUGUCUCUGGCUAGCAGGGACCCUCUUUGCCCACUUCUUCAUCAAGUUUUGAUCAGAAACCAUAGGUCCUCCGUGCAGCGUCCGCUUCGCCAUGCCACAGACUUUACUCGGCCUUGUGGAGGGCAAACCAGUUGGGGCUUUUUUAUUUGCUUCUGAUCUUGGUUUUAUUUUGGUUUAUUUGUUUCCUCAAUGUUUUUGUUCCAGCUUGAAUGAACGGGGUGUGGGGAGGGACGGGCAAGACUCUAAUCUGUAGGCUAAGUGUUCAUUGGGGUGUUCAGAAAUGGAAUCUCUCCCUGCUACCUUGGCCCUUCCCUUUCCUCUGCUUCUCUCCUCAUCGCCAUCACCACCACCCCAUGCACACCCAAAUCCUCGGUUCCAUUUGGGCAAAAACAUGCCUCGUGAUAAACUCCAUGAAGAUACAACUUGAUUCAUCAUAUAGUGCACAGUCUGAGUUACAACUAUGUUUCCGAUCAUCAGUGUCAUACGAUUUGGACCACUUCUCCUGAUUAUAGUGUACAUAUUCCUCUUCUGAGUUUAUCAUUAUCUCAUUACAUUAGGAUUCACAUCUUUUCUUUCUGGGAAGUUCUCUCAAUAUAUCAAGACGCACUUGUAUAUAUGUGUGUG